AUGAAUAUUCACAAAACAGUCUCGUCUUUUCCCCUGCGAAGCUCUCGACGCCUCAGCCGCCGAAUAUUCUUGUCUAGAGAUGUCCCUGCUCCGAACCCUACUCCCAGCUCUCUGACGGCGGCGGCUGAGAUCUCAAAAACGCAGAGGCUAAACGUAAUUGGCUCUUCCCUGUCAACUCUCCAACUCUGCAGGCCCAACGAAGACGAAUAUGGCGAAGUGGUACAUCGCAUCCACACGGGGCAGGGGCAUAGCCGACGCCGCGCCAACGUCGUCCUCUCCGCCGCAGACAAAGAACUGUCAGAUUCGGAUGUCGUCUUAAAAGAGCUCGUUCUGGUCAAAGGGUUUACUAGCAUUCUUUUCACCUUGAAGGAGGGAAUUCACACCACCUACCUAACCAGCAACUCAGGCGCUACUGAACCCGAGGUACCUACAACAAGUAUUCCCAUGUGCAUUCCAUGA